CGGGCUCCGCGCCGGGAACAUGGCAGCGCUGGAGGCGGCGGAGGCCGCGCUGGGGCUGCGGCAGGAGCAGCAGCAGGAGGAAAACCACCACCACGACCAUGACCAUGAAGGCGGCGGGGAGCCGGCGGCGUUAAAUGGUUUGGCGGACUCUGAAAAAGAGAAAAGCAACAACAUUGACGUGAAAAUUCCCGAGUCAGAAUUGGAAACUGAAGAAAAAGGAGCAGAGGAAGAAUGCCCAAGGGAAUCUCAUAGCAACAUUUUGGAUAUAUCAUCUGAUUACCCAAGAGACAAACAUAUUUCAAUUCAGAGACACCUUGCUGAUCUAGAGAAACUGGCUGACCUGAGAGAAGAUGAAAGGAAGCCUUGUCCAUUGUGUCCUGAGGAGAAAUUCAGAGCUUGCUUUGGCUACAAACUCCAUCGUCACUUGCAGAAUUUGCACUGGAAGGUUUCUGUUGAAUUUCAAGGGUACAGAAUGUGCAUCUGUCACUUAUCCUGUCGGCCAGUAAAAUCCAACCUUGUUGGAGACCAGACAUUGUCAAAGAUGGGAGCUCAUUACCACUGUAUCAUCUGCUCAGCCACUAUAAUACGAAGAACUGACAUGAUCGGUCACAUCAAUCGUCACGUGAAUAAAGGAGAGAGCGAGUCGAGGUUUAUCACAGUUGGUGCUCCCAAGUCGUCUUGCAAAGUGGUGAAAGAGUCAGCCACAGAUGUGCAGGUUCUUCCCAACCACUCCACGCCCCAGAAAACAGAUUCCUACUUUAAUCCUAAAAUGAAACUCAACAGGCAGUUGAUAUUCUGUGCACUGGCCGUGCUUGCUGGGGAGCGCAAACCCAUCGAAUGUUUGGAUGCUUUUGGUGCCACUGGUAUCAUGGGAUUGCAGUGGGCAAAGCACCUCAGAAGUUCUGUGAAAGUUACAAUUAAUGAUUGUAAUGAAAAUUCUGUGACAAUGAUUAAGGAAAAUUGUCAUUUAAACAAAAUGAAGGUGAAACUGAACAUUAGGGAAGAAGACAAUAACGAAACUGUGGGAAAUGGAGAAGAAAAUAGUGACACCAUUGAGGUGACAAAAAUGGAUGCCAAUGUUGUCAUGCAUUUGAGAUCAUUUGAUUUUAUACAUUUGGACCCCUUUGGAACUUCUGUGAAUUACCUGGACUCUGCCUUUAGAAAUGUGAGAAACCUUGGGAUUGUGUCACUGACAUCCACGGACCUCAGCUCCCUCUAUGCCAAGGCUCAGCACGUGGCCCUGCGUCACUAUGGCUGCAACAUUGUCAGAACAGAGUACUACAAGGAGCUGGCAGCCAGGACUGUAAUUGCUGCUGUCACAAGAGCUGCAGCUCGCUGUAACAAAGGCAUUGAGGUGCUGCUGGCAGUAGCUCUGGAACACUUUGUUCUGGUGGUGGUCAGAGUUCUGCGGGGCGCAACCCCUGCGGACAAUUCGGCAAAGAAGGUUCGAUACCUCAUCCACUGCCAGUGGUGUGAAGAGAGGGUUUUCCAGAAAGAGGGCAGUAUGGUGGAAGAAAACCCUUACCAGCAGCUGCCCUGUGACUGCUAUGGCAGCAUGCCUGGGAAGACAGCAGUGCUUCUUGGUCCUCUCUGGUCAGGGGCUCUCUUUAACACUGGAUUCCUCAGGAGGAUGCUCCUGGAGGCUGUGCAGUAUGGCUUGGAUGAAGCUCAGUCACUUCUGAAGACAUUAGUUUGUGAAGCAGAGUGCACAACUCUCAAACAUUUUUCUACCCAUGGUUCUGGUGACGAGAACAAACAAGAAGAGUGUGGCGUAUUUAUUAAAACACAAAAUGCUUCUGCAGAAUCCUACUUGGUACAUGGCAAGAGGAAAAGCGAGGAGGUGCUGCGCAGCACGGCGAAGCGCCCGCGGCCCGAGCUCAGCGCCGAGCACCCCCCGUUCUACUACAACAUCCACCGGCACAGCAUCAAGGGCAUGAACAUGCCAAAGUUAAACAAGUUCCUGAGCUGCCUGGCAGAGGCCGGGUACCGCGUGAGCCGGACCCACUUCGACCCCAUGGGAGUGCGCACCAACGCGCCCCUGGCACAGUUCAAGACUGUCCUCAUGGAGUACAGCACCCCCACCUACACGGGGGCACAGGCAGAAGGACCACUGCACCUCCCUGGAGACAUCCACGUGGGAGAAGAGGCUCCAGCUGCUGCAGCGAUCAGGGUGGAGGAGGCUGAGUUAGCAGAAGAUGAUGAACCUGGAGUCGCCAGCACUGUGUCCACACAGUCCUACCCCAGUCACUGUGCUGCUGAUUAAUGAGAUGGGUUUGUUCAUCAGGAUGUUACAGACUUCCAGCACACCCUGUUACAGUAAGCCACUCCUUCCUCCCAAGCUGAAGUUUGACCGUUUUGAGCUGCCUGUUGUACUUUGAAGGGACAGUUUAGACUUAGGUAGCAGAACUUAGCCCUGAUCCUGGCAUGGCUGUGGUCACGAAAAUGGCACUGUGGGAAGGCUGUGGAGUUACCUGCUUUUAUUUUUAUGUUCACCUCCUUUUCACAUUGAGGCAUGGAAGCUGCUUCCCAGUCUGUCCAAGCCUUACUGCCAGCACAGCAUCCAGGAGGGGGUGCAGGGCCAAAAGUGUUCAGCAUUUUGGAAUAUGAGAUGAUUGUGAAACAGCCUAUUCCUCAAAUGCAUCAUUCCUAAAACCUGGCCAGCUAUGAUCCAGAGAGAGGGCAUGUUAAGGUAAGAAAACAGCACAGGACAAAGUGCCCUGUGAGUUAAAGCCAGGCAGUCCUGCCUGGUGCAGCUGUAGCUCCAGGCUGCACAUGUAACUCUGCAUUCAGGUCUGUUCCCAGGGUCCUGCCUCCAGGCAGGAGCUGAUCCCAGGAGAACGGGGAGGAGCGGUGACACAGCUGCCACCGAACUCCAGUUUGUAACCAACCCGUAGUGAAUUGUGUAGUCACUCUAGUUGUCUGCUCAGAACUUACAGUGGUUGUGUGCUGCAGAAAGGGACAGGGACAAGGGACCACAGGGGACGUUCAGGUGAAGUUUUGUGGUGAGUUGUCAGUAGUAACUGAGCUAAGAUCUCUUCUGUGAACGAGCAAAGCUGCCGGGUGUUGGCAGUUCUGGUUUCCUUAAAUACAUGGCAGCAUUCCAGCCAAAUGAGCAUGCCUUUGUUCUUUCUUUCCCCCACACUUAAUUCUGCUAUUUCUGUGUAUUCCACCUGAAGAGCUGUCACAGUGGUGGCCAUUUCUCCCAAGUUUGGUGUUCAGCCUUGCCUGCAGUGUUUGGUUUAUCUAAGAGCAGGAUAUGAGGGGUUAUUAUCCUUACCCACCUCUGAAACUUUACAGUAGAAGUAACAUGACUAAUACACUCCUGAUUGAUGCAAAACAUCCUAUGCCCCUGUCAGGGCAGAGGCUGUUGCCUCUUCCACCCUUUUCAAUUCUAGAUUGCUUUGGUGGAGAGUUAUUCUCUUAAUUUUAAAAAGGAAGACCCCACUGAAGGGUUCUUAGAUCACUGAUGCAGCAAUAAAGUUUCCUUCAAAAAUGUGCUUACAAUUCUUUUCCAAAGAUCACCUGGGAGCACAUUGGGAAGCUAAAUGGAAGGAUAGAAUUCCACAUUCCCUAGUGGCAUUUUUGGGUUUUUAAGUCGAUAGAGUGUUGGCAGAGGUUGCUUGCAGGUAACACACUUCAGUCUUAGUAGGAUAAAAGCAGUCCUAAAGUCAGUUACCUGGGGCAAAGGAUUGUUCUGGUUACAGCAAAGUUGGUUAAAAAGAAAGUUUAACUGAAGGCCCUUGUGGGAAAUAAUUCUGAUUACUCUUGCAGCUCCUUUUAAGAAGCCAAAGAUCUUGAACAUCUUUUCCAAGCCAAGGCAACUAUUCCCAGGUGUCUGGAGGGGCAGAAGAAGCAAGAUUCAGACUUGUCUGUACAAUGUGGGCUCUUUUCCUCUGCCAGAGAGCAGAAGCUGUUGUGAUCUGGGGUUUUGCCUGUUGUCAGGGUCCAGCUGAAGGGGUGUUUGUAACUCAGGCCUCUGGGAAUUCUCUUCUGUUCAGCACUUGUCUCUGCUGUUGAUCAGGUGGGGUCAGCCCUGCCUCAUGGGCUGACAGAGCAUCACUGUUGGUUUGAGUCUGGAGCUCGGGACAUCCUGUUCCUCCUUGCACUCAUCCACAGGGCCAGGUUGGCUGUAAGAGUGGGAAGCAGGUGAGGAUAAUGCAGGAGGUGGUGGAAGGUCACAGCUCAUUCCCUGUCACUUCCUGCAGCAGCCAGUCCCCAGUGCUGUGCCAGGCACCAGUGACACCUUCAGCAGAUCCUCGUUGGACCAUGGUGUUUCUGCAAGUCCCAAAUAGAAAAUCACAACUGAUCAACUGCUGGAAGACUGAGGGGAAUCAGUGCAAGGCCAUCAGCUGAACAGCAGGCAGGACAAUAAAUGCCAGAGGACAUAAGGAAAUUCUGCUGUAGGAUAUGAUCCAGUUACCAGUGUGGGCAGUACAGUGUCACAUCUGCUCUGUACCUGAGGGACAUAUCCUCUUACCCACGGGUGUUUCCUGUUAAGCUGUGAGUAAAGGAAGCUUUCUGGGAGUUUAGUUUAAGCUGUUCAGAGGCAAAUUGGGUAACCAGUGGUGGCCCAGAGAGCAGCAGGAUCUCCUCAGUCAGAGUACUCAUGUUCAGUGCAUCUCAAGAAACCCUACUCUGGGCAUACUCAAGGAUUGCCUCUUAACUCAGGGUGCAUCCUCUGGUAAAAGUUGUGGUAAAUGUAGAGAGAAAACAAAGAAAGGAACAAAACUUGAUCUCAAUAAAGCAUCUUAGCUGAAGGAGCUCAUUACAGUUGCUCUCUGCUGCUAUUGACUGAAGCUGCCCAAUAGUUAACUGCAGCCAAAGUUGCUGGGUUUAAUCCCAGUGCUGUGCAAAUCCUUCACCCCCUUCCUCAGGCUGCAGGAUCUGGUUGGAACAGCAGCACCUGUGGCAGUGGAAGAGCUGAUGCCUUCUGUGUGUCCCUGUUUCCCACUCAAGGCUCAGGAGCUGAGCUGCUCUCAGGGGACUGUCACAGCCACACUGAGGAGCUGAGCUGCACCUGCACAGCCCCAGGCACUGCAGCACAAACACAAACACUGCCCAAAGGGGCUCCUUCGUCAACCACAAGAGGAAGCAGCACUGCAAUUCCCAACAGGUUGUUGAUAACAUUUUUGCUUUUAUUGUCAACUGGAGCAUUUCAGUGGGACUUUAGUUGGGUAGGAGAUACUCAGUUGGAUAUUAGGCUUACCCGUAUGUAACACACAUUAUGUACUUACAAAAGAACAUGGCUUUAAAAGGGGGAAGACUAAUGGCAUUUUUGAAAAUAAAAUAGUUUAUAGCACUAAA